CCCAACAUCUUCCUUCCCUUGGAUGGGAUUGCGAGGGUCAGCCUUAAAACCGCCAUAGGCUCCCGCACAGCAAAACGUUCUUUCACAGAACAAUGUGAUUCCCUCUACCAUCUGCAGUCCACGAUGAUGGUGCUUUCGGGACUGCUCAAACCAUCGAGCCAUAAUACGCCUCGUCGACACAUCAAACCCUCACCACAGAGGCGGAGCUCAACGCAUAGCACCGACCAAAGCUCCCCGGAAUCUGCAUCUUCUCAUGAUCCUCCGGCAGAGCCAUACCUCCAUAAAGAAGCACAGCUUGCACCCAUCGAAUCCGAAGAUCCGGACCUGAGAGAGCUCAACAACAACCUUGUGGCACUCGCGGCGAUCUUCCCCGAUGUACAAGUCGACGUUUUCCGUGAGAUGCUGUCAAGCUUUGAUGAGGAAUCGAGACUUGCAGUAGUUACAGAGACUUUAUUGAAGCACAAAAUGAAGUGGGUUCGGGGGCGCUAUAGGGUGGCCGUGAAGGAGGCAGCCCAACCAGAGCAAGAGAAAGAAACACUACACGGAUCUCAGGGAAAUGUGCCGGCCGAGGAGAAGUUCAGGAGUGCGGGAUACAAGAAGGCUGUCAAAGCUAUCACAUAUCAGGAGUUCAAGGGUCUGUCGAAGUCAACGAUCAAUGCAGUGCUGGCCGAAUUCAACCACUCUUAUACUCUCGCACGACCGACCCUUGUUGCCUUAUCCUCGAAGUCCUGGCGGUUUUCGCUGUCCUCCAUAUUCUUACGACGAAAGCCGAUAUCUUCGUCCGAAGCUGAGCACCAUCCUCUUGUAAUUUGGCAGUCAACAGGACAAGGCUCCAUAAUUCCCACCCUGAAGGCCACCGGAUCUCCGGAGCUGGACAAGGAACUCUUCGAUUCCCUUAUUCGGCCUAUACAACAACGCCGACUUAUUGAACUAGAAGAGAAGGAUCAUACACUGGCCUUGGAGCUCAAUAAUGCCGAGGCUGAGAAAAAUGAAGGACUUCACGAUUGUGAAUGUUGCUUUACGUCAGUAACAUUUGAGGAAUUGUCGGCAUGUGAUACUGGUGGACAUUUCAUCUGCUUCCAGUGUGUCAGACGGUCAGUCAACGAGGCAGUGUUUGGACAAGGAUGGCAACGAAAUAUUGAUCUCGAUUGUGGCACACUUCGUUGUGUUGCAGCAAUGUCAGAUGAUUGCCAAGGCUGCAUUCCACAAGAGCUCGUCCGUCGAGCGUUCAACGAAGACAAAGCUGGGCAUGAAAUCCUUCGAAAACUCGAUGAACGUCUCGCCGAAGACAGCCUCCUCAAAACGAACUUACCACUUAUUCGUUGCCCCUUCUGCAGCUAUGCUGAAGUAGACGAACUCUACCUUCCGGACUCCCAGCGAUCUUGGCGACUAAAACGCAACGGACCUUCUUCUCUAUAUACCCUUGUAAUCUUGAUUUUAGGCGUUGGUAUGAUACCCUUUCUUUUACCGGCGUUCUUGAUAUUCUCUUUCCUCUUCCUGCUGCUCUCCUCUCAGCAAACCUUCGGCGACUUUGCUGUUACCUACUUCAACGCGUCUGUCAUUCGCCUCCGCCGGAAACGCCUUGGUCUGAAAUUUGUCUGCCAGAGUGAGACGUGUGGACGUUCAUCCUGCAUCUCUUGCACCAAGGCGUGGAACGAUAUCCACAUCUGCCACGAAUCCUCUCUGCUGGCUCUACGGACCCAGGUGGAACUCGCAAUGUCUCUGGCAAUCAAGCGAACCUGCCCUCGCUGCAACACCUCAUUCGUCAAGUCAUCUGGCUGUAAUAAACUCACUUGCGUAUGUGGAUACCAGAUGUGCUACGUCUGCCGCAAAGACAUCGGAAACGGCGAAGGCUACCGACACUUCUGCGAGCACUUCCGACCAAACGGCGGAAGAGGAUGCACUGAGUGCUCGAAGUGCGACCUCUAUCGAUGCGAAGACGACGAGGUGGUGGUCAAGAAAGCCAAAGAAGAGGCCGAGAGACAGUGGAUGGAGAAGGAAGGCAAUGUCCUCGGCGGUGAUGAGAAAAUCCGAAAAGUUUUGGAGGAAAAGUGGAAAACCGAUGCGGAUGCAGCUUGGUGGGAUGCCCGGUGGCUGCAAUGGAAAAUGCCAAAUUGGGAGCUGAUCUUUGACUCUUUGAUAGAGUCUGUUGUAGAAUGACGUUUAUGCCUUUAUGCUUUAUGGCUUGGGAUGGGAUGGGAUCGGUUUGGGCUGCAAGCGUGGGAUGGGCACUUUUGGCACGGAUAGCGUGGUGUUCAUGGCACUCAAUGUAUCUGUCAUACGAAAGUAAUGGCUAAUCUCGUCUUCAUGAAUGAUCAUCUG